CACCAUGGCUUGGGUCAGGUGCACCUUAGUCUUCAAAGUGAUAUCUUUGCUUUUCAACACUUUGAAGAGUUUUCUUUUUCUUUUUUUUUUGCAGCAGAUUUGCCCAAUGCAAUGAGUCAGGAAUAGGAGGGGGAAAUGGAAUGUGUGGCUAAUUGCCUCCAUGAACAACUGCCUCCUUUGCGAUGAGACCAGAAGAACUGGAUGGUGCCUGGCUACCAUUACUGAGUGUUUUGACUGAAAAAUGUAUAUAUAUUUUAAAUAUACAAGUGACAUAAAAUGGGAGAAAGAACUCUGCCCACCUUUUCUUUCACAGACAAGAAAGUGAGGCCUUGGAGAUGGAUCCAGGACUCCUGGCUCCAUCUACUCUGACCUCGCCCACUGCUGACCCCUACACCUGGGAUCAGGGAUGGAGAGAGGAUGUGAACUGCUAUGCUCUGUUUUCAGAAAAGCCCAGCCAACCCUGGAGGCCUCUGGACUUUCACUGAGCCCCAGGGUGGGGUGGUCCUGCUGGAGCACAUACUGAGGGAUGGCCAGUCCUGGUGGUUCUCAGGUCCUCUUGGGCAGUUGGACAAAAGUAAGCAGGAACAGUGUACCGUUGAGGCCUCAAGGGGAGGAGGAAGUUGGAGAGCCCCUGUCCUUCACAGGCUUGUCUCAUGUGACCCAGGGGGAGCUAUGCCGUCACAGUGGCUGUGUGGGAGUGGAAGAGGGGUGUCUGGGCCACCCCUUUAAUGGGCGUCUUCUCCUGCACGACCAGCUUGUCGCCCACUAAUGCCCCCUCCCCUUGCAGGGACCCAGCCCGGAGCUGAGCAUAAAGCGGAAAAGAUGGCACUGAGCCCGGAGUCAGCUGAUAGGUUCCCUAGGCUGGCUCCGACAGGCAGCAUUGAGCCUCCUGUGUCCCUCAACAGCUCAUGGGCAAGCCCAACAGAGCCCAGUUCCCUGGAGGACCUGGUGGCCACAGGCACCCUUGGGGUGGUGCUCUCGGCCAUGAGUGCGGUGGGUGUGGCAGGCAACGUGUACACGCUGGUGGUCAUGUGCCACUGCCUGUGCGCCUCGGCCCCGUAUGUCUAUGUUGUCAACCUGGCGCUGGCUGACCUGCUCUACCUGCUAAGCAUCCCCUUCAUCGUGGGCACCUACAUCACCAAAGACUGGCACUUUGGCAACGUGGGCUGCCGUGUCCUCUUCAGCCUGGACUUCCUGACCAUGCACGCCAGCAUCUUAACGCUGACCGUCAUAAGCAGCGAGCGCUAUGCGGCGGUGCUGAGGCCACUGGACACAGUGCAGUGCUCCAAGGGCUACCGCAAGGUACUUGUGCAGGGCACCUGGCUGCUGACACUGCUGUUAACGCUGCCCAUGACGCUGGCCAUCUGGUUGGUGCGCCGGGGCCCCAGGAGCCUCUGCCUGCCUACCUGGGGCCCCCGCGCCCACCGCGCCUACCUGACACUGCUCUUUGUCACCAGCAUCGUGGGCCCCAGUGUGCUCACUGGGCUGCUCUACGCCUGCCUGGCCCGUGCCUACUGGCAGUCCCAGAAGGCCUCCUUUGGGCAGACGCAGCGGCUGCCCAGCCCCCGGGUGCUCUACCUUAUCCUCAGCAUCAUGCUGUUCUUCUGGGCCUGCUUCCUGCCCUUCUGGCUGUGGCAGCUGCUCGGCCAGUACCGCCCAGCUCUGCAGCUCAGCCCUGGGACCACGCGCCUUGUCAACUACCUGGCCACCUGCCUCACCUAUGCCAACAGCUGCGUCAACCUUUAUACGCUGCUCACCAAGAACUACCGUGAGCACCUUUGUGCUCACGGGUACUCAGUCAGCAGCGGGUUGGCAGGCAGCUUCCCCCGGCUACGCUACGGCCGCUUCCAGUGUGCCUCGGGCAGCUCAGUGCCCACCAGCAGCCAACAGGCCACUGAGGUCAUCAUGCUGUCCCAGGUGGCCCCCAGGGCAGCCUGUGCCUGA